GCUAAUCUGCACAAAAUGAUUAUAGGACCAAAUAAUAGUGAAUUUAAAAAUUAUUCGCAUGUACAAGGAAUAAGAUCUUUAAACGAUAUAAAGUGUGAGGAAGUUAAUAAUAACCUCAAUGCUCAUAACCGAAAUCUUGUGAGACAAUGCGAGGAAAGAAUCUAUUCGGCAUCUCAUACUCCGUUGCAAAAUACGAGUAUCUCUAAAACAAGCUUUACAGAUAUUACUAAAGACAUUCGAAGUGCCAUUAACGAGAAAAGUAGUCGUCAUUUGAGUUCCUCAAUAGAGAGGCUUUCGAAUAGUAAUAGAAGGAGAGAUAAUUUAAUUAAUAAGCACACCACUCACAGAAGUUAUCAUCCUAAACCUAAAGGCUUAUUUUUCAGGGAAAAGGUUCUGUUAGCCCUUUGCGAUAUUAAAGGACCAAUAUCUAUUAAAUCGGUGGGUAAAAUUAUGGAGAAAAAAUUUGGUAAAAUUCCCCAUAACCAAACCAAAAUCCGUGAGACCCUUCAUAGAUACCAGAAUUUGAAUGUCAUUACUCUAAGCAAGCGGGACAGAAUAAAGCUGAAAAAAUUGGCCUAAAAUGUUUAUAUUUAUAUCAAUAUUAAUGUUCAACUAUUUAUAAUAAUAUUAUAUUACUAA